GUUUCUGACAUUUUUUUUCCUUCUCUUCUCUAGUUUAUGUAUGGUUCCAGUCACCCUGACGUUGUCCAACUGUUCCUUGGCUCAGGUAGACGUCAUUGUUGAUCUGCGGCAUAAAACGACCAGCCCAGAGUCACUGGAAGUGCAUGGUUCUUUUAGCUGGCUGGGCCAGACCCAAUAUAAGUUGCAGCUCCAGGCUCAAGAGGUGUACAGGCUUUCCUUGAAAGCUUGUUUCUUCCAGGCUGGAGUUUAUAAUUUGGGCACACCCCGUGUCUUCGCCAAGUUGGCACAGACCAGCGCUAUGUGUGAGACCAGCCAGCAGAGCGCCAUGCCUGCCCUCAUUAUCAUCAACAGCGUUUGAGGAACUCCUCAACAUCGAUCCAACCUUUCGUCAAAGUUCUUGGCCCACCUAAAUAAAUGAAAUGGACUGGACUCCAAGAUUUUUCUACUUGUUGCUAAAACAAAAUCUAAUUGAGAGAGAUAAGUAAUUAAAAAGACUUGAACACACGUUUCAACUUAACACUGCAUCUGAUGUGCUUGUACGGUCUAUAAUGGUGAGCUAAACACAAACAGACUUUAGAUUUUUUGUCGUAAAUGCACCUGAAGCGUGACUGGAUCGUUUUUUUUUUUUUUUUU